UGUUACGAAAGUUUGGGUUCGACUGUAUUGGUGUGGUGGUUCUGUACACUUUUCUUUCUGGUUUGGUCUUUGGUCUUGCCCUCUUGGCCCAAAGUAGAUAGUAAUUCUUGAUGGUUAGGCUCUUAUUAAUUAUUAUUCUUUAAUAUACUUAUUAAAUUAGUCAACAUAAUAAAUCCUUAUCAUAAAAUGGCUGUUGCUGCCAGGGCACUUUCAAAAUUGACAGUAAGAAGACCAAGCGGUUUAUUAGCUACUCAAGUAAGAUUUAAUUAUACGGAAACGAGAAAAAAUUUGAAAAUUAAUUCAAAUACUAAAGUAAUAUGUCAAGGAUUUACUGGUAAACAAGGAACGUUUCAUUGUCAACAAGCUAUAGACUAUGGAACUAAAAUUGUUGGUGGUGUUAGCCCAAAAAAAGCUGGUACUGAACAUCUUGGUAAACCAGUAUUCAAGACAGUUAAAGAGGCAAAAGAAGCUACUGGAGCCAGCGCUUCAGUAAUUUAUGUUCCACCUCCAGCGGCUGCUGCUGCAAUUAUGGAAGCACUUGACGCCGAGAUGCCCUUAAUUGUAUGUAUUACUGAAGGUAUUCCUCAACACGACAUGGUUAAAGUCAAGCGACGGUUAUUAGAACAAAAUAAAUCACGUUUGAUCGGACCAAAUUGUCCUGGUAUCAUAGCACCUGAACAAUGUAAAAUUGGAAUCAUGCCAGGGCACAUUCAUCAGAAGGGAAAAAUUGGUAUUGUUUCGAGGUCUGGAACUUUAACCUAUGAGGCUGUGAAUCAAACGACACUUACAGGCCUUGGGCAAUCACUUUGUGUUGGUAUUGGAGGUGAUCCAUUCAACGGUACUGAUUUUAUUGAUUGCUUGGAAGUAUUCAUUAACGAUCCGGCUACCGCUGGAAUUAUCAUGAUUGGAGAAAUUGGAGGCAGUGCCGAGGAAUCUGCUGCUGAAUAUCUUGUUCAGCACAAUAGUGGCCCAAAUGCUAAACCUGUAGUAUCAUUCAUCGCUGGAAUUACCGCACCACCUGGACGUAGAAUGGGCCACGCUGGAGCUAUCAUUUCCGGGGGCAAAGGAGGGGCUCAAGAUAAAAUUAACGCACUCGAGAAGGCUGGCGUUAUAGUAACGAGAAGUCCCGCUCAAAUGGGCCGUGAAUUGUUAAAAGAAAUGACACGUCUUGGUCUUCACUCAAACUAAUAAAUCAAGACUUACCUGUAAAAUAUUGUAGUCAUAUUGGUCCUAAUAUCCUUUAAAUUAAUAACUGAUUAUCUUUAUCGUUUGGAAGAAUAACAAACGAAAAAAAAAAAUAAUUAUUGAUAUAAGGACGAAUGUUGACGCAAUUUUCAAGUUUAAAAUAAAUAAAUAGAUUCAAUACGUUAAAAUAUU